CCCCCGCAGACCGCCGCCAUGUCCAUCGGGGUGCCGAUCAAGGUGCUGCACGAGGCCGAGGGCCACAUCGUCACCUGCGAGACCAACACGGGCGAGGUCUACCGCGGGAAGCUCAUCGAGGCCGAGGACAACAUGAACUGCCAGAUGUCCAACAUCACGGUGACCUACCGCGACGGGCGGGUGGCGCAGCUGGAGCAGGUCUACAUCCGCGGCAGCAAGAUCCGCUUCCUGAUCCUGCCCGACAUGCUGAAGAACGCGCCGAUGCUGAAGAGCAUGAAGAACAAGAACCAGGGCUCCGGCGCCGGCCGCGGCAAGGCCGCCAUCCUCAAGGCGCAGGUGGCUGCAAGAGGAAGGGGACGUGGAAUGGGGCGUGGCAACAUUUUCCAGAAGCGGCGAUAACUUGGAAUCAAACCCUGCUUUGCUGAAGAGAAAACUGUGCUAAAUUGUAAUUUGUGUCUACUUUAAUAAAUAUGUUUCUUACAAAAUAGGAAGAGAGCAUCUGCUGUGUGUCAUUGACUUAACUGAGAUAUAGAUUUGCUGCUAUAUAGUCAUAGUAGGCCUCAAUGAUCACCUUAAAUGCCAGACCCCAUACUGCUUGCAGUACCUAUGGUACAAUUUUUAAAAAAUACAAACUGAAAUUAAAACCAAUCAUCUGCUUUUUAAGUGAUGUUAAUAGACAAUUUUUGAGGGUGGCUUUCCUAUGUGAGAUUCAAUAAACAAGUUGUUAGUAGUAUUAAAAGAAUGGCCAUGAGCUUAAGAAUGUCCUGUAUGAUUUUUAAAAUAAUUUAUUGUACUUUGAAUUAAUCAGUAAACCCAGGUCUCUGGGUAAUGCAUAAAAUAGAAACACAGGUCCAUAAAAUCUAAAUCAUGGCAAGGUAUAAGAGCUCUUAUUAGUGCUUACUUAAAUGUUUUAAGUUUUGAUUUUUUUUCUCCCUAUCUGCAAAAUGCAGAAUAAAGCUUUUAAAAUGUUUAUCUAGCAAGUAUCUUUAUACUUACGUUCACUCAUAUGCUUCUAAAAUUUUAAUUUAUCUUUGAGCAUGCAAUUUGGAUUUGGAGAGUUAAAUAGAGCAGAGGUCCCCAACCUUUUG